AUGCUCAGAUCCGUUGCUUCCCAUGCCAUCAGAACACCUUCUCGUGUAGUAGCGCCCUCCAGAGUGAUUACGUCGUCGCUACACUCCUCAGCAUUGACGCAACAGUCGAUCACAGACAAAGUCCGCCACACGCUGGGCGAUCUCAACAAGAAGAUCGGCGAAGCCGCUGCCACAGGCAUCGACAAGGCUCAAGAAGCGUCACACACCGUGGAGGAAAAGACACACAAUGCUACAGACGCUACCAAGCAAGGACUGGAUGCGCUCAACAAGAAGACCGGCCAGGCUGCCGCUUCGGGCAUCGACAAGGCCCAGCACAUGUCUGAAAAUGCGGGCGACAAGGCCGAGGACUUGAAGUACCAAGCCAAGGACAAGGCCCAAGACCUGAAGCAUGAUGCCAAGGACAAGGCCCAGGACAUGAAGCAUGUGGCCAAGGACAAGGCACACCAGGGCAAAGCCAAGGCCAAGGACGCAGCCGACGAGUACACUAACUGA